AAGAAGGGAAGAACCGGGAGACAGGGGACUGCAAAAUAACGAGGAAGAGAGUUUUUGAGAGAGAGCUGGACUUGGAGAAAAAGGCGGACGUCCUAAUGAGGGAAUGCCGAAAAGGAGAGCAGAAAUACGGCCAGAGCACCAGACAUGAGUCCGAGAUAUCUGUUGUUGCAGGUGGCGGACUGAAGACGAUGCUGGAUGCCAUGGAAGUUCCAAGUCAUGCUAGGGAUCUCCUCCUGCAGCUCAACAGCCAACGAACCAAAGGCUUCCUGUGUGAUGUUAUCAUUGUGGUGCAGAACGCCCUCUUCAGAGCUCAUAAGAACAUUCUGGCUGCCAGCAGCCUCUACUUGAAAUCUUUGGUGGUCCAUGACAAUCUCAUUAACCUCGACCACGAGAUGGUGAGUCCAGGGGUCUUCAGGGUCAUUCUGGACUACAUCUACACAGGCCGCCUCAGCGAGGGAGACCCCACUUCUCCCACUGAACCCAAUCUAGGGGCUGUCUUGGCAGCAGCCAGCUACCUUCAGCUGCUUGACUUAGUGGCUUUGUGCAAAAAGAAGCUGAAAAGAAAUGGCAAGUACCCUCCCCGCCCAGGUCCUGCAUUUCUGCCUUACCCAAAGAUGGGGCCCAAUAGUAUGGGUUUAGGGAGUGGUGGCAGGUAUAGGAUUUCUACUCCUGUCAUUCAGUCCUGCCCUCCAGGAGGAAUUUUGAACAGCCAUGUAACCCGGGUAUCACCACUAGAGGAGCUAGUUCCCCAUCGACUAGCCAUCCAUGCUGGGGAGCUGUAUGCUCCCACCUCCAUCCAAGGCUGUCAGGUGUUCCCGUCCCUGCAGUCAGCUCUGCCCGCACAGCUUGGGCGCUCAGUCCACUCUGAGAGGAACUGCUCCCCCAACCACGGCCUUGAUCUGUCCAAGAAAAGCCCCAACUCUCAGCACACACCCUCUCAAUCCCAUCUGGCAAACACUCACAAUGAUGAGGAGCGAGACGGGACUCUGAGUGGACGCACCAGUCCCAUGCAGGUGAUGAAUGGAAGGGCCUUCCCAUCAGAAAAAAUGGAGUCGAACGACCAGACUAGCUCCGUCACUCCUCCACCAUUCCCACAUCUCAACCAGCCUCUUGGCUCACACCUCCCCCACCUGCAUCGCUCAAGCAGAGAUCGCUACCCAUGCCCCCCCAGCCCUGACACCCCCACAGGCAGAGAGGCAGGCAGAGAUAUGGGCAACAUCUACCGCUGGGUGAAACAUGAGCCACUGUCAUACACAGCUGAAGAUGAAGAUGAGGAUGAGGAUGAGGAGGAAGGGGGCGAAAAUGGAGACCAGCAUCAUAACCACCACAAGGCCGGGGAAGAGAGCGAAGGAGCUGACGACAAGAGCGGGUCAGGCACAGAGGAGACAGGCAGCAGUGAAGGCCGCCCAUCCCCUUCUGGACCAAUGGGGAGGUUCCACAUGCCGUAUGAGCCAGAGAGCUUCGGGGACAAUCUGUAUGUCUGCAUUCCCUGUGACAAAGGCUUCCCGAGCUCAGAGCAGCUCAAUGCACACGUGGAGACACACACGGAAGAAGAACUGUACUGCAACUCUGGCGGGGAGAUGGGAAACAGCAAUAACAGCAGCACCAAACACAUGAGCAGUAAUACAAACGGCUAUGGGACCCUUAACAGCAGCAACAGUUUGAACAGUCUAUCCCACCUGGAGACCAAGUCCAGCCAGGGGCUGAAUUCAGGGGGGAUCGGGGAGAUGAUCCGGCCCUACCGCUGUUCCUCCUGCGAAAAGUCCUACAAAGAUCCAGCCACUCUGCGCCAGCAUGAGAAGACCCACUGGCUGACCCGGCCUUACCCCUGCAGCAUCUGUGGCAAGAAGUUCACGCAGCGUGGCACCAUGACGCGCCACAUGCGUAGCCACCUGGGCCUUAAACCUUUUGCUUGCGACUCCUGUGGCAUGCGCUUCACCCGCCAAUACCGCCUCACCGAGCACAUGCGCAUCCACUCGGGGGAGAAGCCCUAUGAAUGUCAGGUGUGCGGAGGAAAGUUCGCUCAACAGCGCAACCUCAUCAGCCACAUGAAGAUGCACAGCAGCGGAGGAAGUUCAGGGGGCCUGACCACAGAUGGGAAACUGAAGCUGGACUUUGCUGAGGGCAUCUAUCCUCUGAGUAAAUAUGCAGCAGAGCAUCUGGGGCUGAAGCAGGAGAAGGCCAAUGAGCUUCUCAUUCAAGCUCAGCAGCAACUGGUAGCUGAUGUUAAGGUCAUGGAAAGCCUCUACCCGCUGUCCAAACUGGCCGCAGAGCACCUGGGCCUCACACAUGACAAGAUGGAUGUCCUGGUCCAAUCCCUCCCCCCGCCUCUCUCUGACGCCCGCACCAUUGAUCGCUACUCACCCAGCUAAGAGCACAUGACCUGUAUAAAUAGCAGCCACCAAUAGGUCUGUGUGCACACACAACUUGCAGUAUUCUAAAGCCAUUCACCUCAACUCAAUAUCUCCUCUGCACCUCAGACUCAGGCCAAAAGGAAUUGGUCUGCUCGAGCACACCAAAGUGUGUAGACUGUAAGUGCCUUUUAUGCAUCUAAUGUAUCUUAAAGUCCUCCUUCAUAAAGGAGCUCUGUGCUAUCCUGUGGCCAAGUGAAACUUACUCAAAGAAGUACAGUAUGUAUGUACAGUUUAUGCAAACAAACAUUUAAAAAAAAAAAAAUACAUCCAUUGAGCCAAAGUGACAAAUUGAAAACCAAAAUGAAAUUGUUUUAUUUAUUUUUGUAUAAUGGUGAAAUCCAAAGAGAAACUGUUGCAAGGAAAUGUUGCAAUCUGACCCUAAACCUGUGUACUAUUAAGUAUCACCUGUGUACAACAAAUGAAAAGCACAUAAGGACAAGAUUCAGGGUUUCGGUCCAGACCUGAGCAGAACUUUUACCAAAUAAAUAAGCCAACUCUUCUGGACUUUAAAGUAAUGGGAGGAUAUUUUUUUUCCUUUUUUUUUUUCCUUUUUCUGUUUUUGGGGUACUGGACAAUUUAUGUAUCUCACUCUCUAAGCUUAUCCAAAUAAUGUUCCUGCUUCCCAAGUCGCGAAGAAAUGACACAACGAUAAGAGGAAUGGCUUCAGCAUUUCGACAAAGUCUCCUCUGUCUUAUUUUCUCCACAUUUUUAAAAGUAAUUCACUCCCCCACAUAUCUUUGCGGCUAAAGACUCAUGCUAUGUGACAGUAAUGGUAGCUUAAUCAGCUUUACACUCAGCGUUCUUGAGCUAAAACUUCCUUUGCAUUUUGACUAACAUCCCAUAGCUUUCAGUUGUUAUUGCGAUGCAGUAAGCACAGCCCUGUGAUCUCAUAACUGGGACAUGAUUGCACAUACCCAACUGUUGACACACUAGUCCCUGUUCAUGAAGAGUGUAGCUUCAUCUCAUGGUGUAGACUAAGCAUGGGUGUUGCCUCUGACAUUUGCAAUUAUGGAAGCAGGGACUAGGUCAAAAUUAAUAACACAGAAAUCUGUCAUUUACUGUCAAGAGCAAUUAUUACAUUCACAGCAGCCUGAUGAUUAAUUGCGCAGCGACUGAAGUCAGAUGCCGCGUUGACGCUCCACUGUCCGACCUCUCUCCCCUGCAGUCUGUUGUCUGGGAGCCCUGCUACUGUUGACAGGCCAAAGUGAGUGCUGUACUCAGCCCUUUGCCUUAGAAGUGUUCCGAUCCACUCACCACACACACAUAGCAGGCUGCUAAUCUGUCCGUGAUAUGAACAUAAGAAGGGGUUUGUGGGUCUUCCCUGGAAGCCAGCGGGUGAACAGCACACCCCAGCUGCUGUGCCUCAGUAAUCCCUGUGAAAUCUCACUUUCUCCUGGACAAUUCCCACUGCUCGCCGGCAUGAUGUCCCAUUUCAUGCCUGCCAUCUUACCCUCUGAUCCACUUAUUAACAUCAUAUCCGAGCCUAGCAAAUGUCUCCCGGCCUCGCCUCCCUUCCCCGCUGGUAUCAAACGCGGAAACAAAGAAUGACAUAUUUCUGUUUUGGCUGACCAGCAGUUCCUCCAGCUUGAAAACAAAAGAGCACUUAAAGGUCGCGGGUUGACGGCACAUUUUUUGUCUUUAAAAUGUUUAUUCCAAAGAACAUGCUGGCCUUUUCUUUUUCUAUUUUUACUGGUCCUUGAUUCAGAUUAGAAAUGUCUGACCACUAUAGUGCCAAUGCCAACCUCAGUGGGUGAAUGUGAAGACUAAAGCCAUAAAUACACUGUGAUAGACGUAGUGAAUCUUAAAGGCUUAAAAAGAAAAAAACACAGAGACAAUGUGCCUGACUUUUGGGAUUGUUUUAAAAGAAAAUGUACCAAUAAUUUAAGGGUUCUUCUCUGUAGCAUAUGAUCAUAUCAAACAUGUUGUUUUCUGUCACUUAUUUUUCUUUAUCUUGAUUUGAGCUGAAAGCAGCGCACGUGAAACUGGUGCUUACCUCAGGACUGAACCCAGCAUGGGGACGCUAAGCUUUACUAAACCUUCGAAUUACAAUGUCAACACACACACUUUUACACAGACACACACACACUUUUUUAUUUUCUUAUUAACAGGGCAAUUGUCUUGUGUUAAACCUGUGGUUAUUUCUGUGUUUAUACAUUUCUUGUUACAGUUUUAUGGUGGAGAGAUAACAUGUGAUAUUAACAAUUUUUUUGUUUUUAUUUUUACUAUGCGGUAUACAUUUUCUAUUGUGUUGUCCUCAAAGAGGCUUGUGCCGGUCUGACCAAUUCCUUUGUUAUAACAUAAGGCAAAGUCAUUUUGGUAGAAUCUUAACUGGCUGUUUGUGAUUUUCCGAACCACACUUUAGCGAGCAUUGAUUUCAACCCCACAUACGCUAAGUCUAGGAUUUGGAAAUGUCUCCGCAAGACAUGAUGUAUUCUCAGUACUUCCCUAAAUAAACGAGCAGUGAUUUUGAAAACUAUGAAAGUAUGAAAGUAUGAAAAGUAUGAAAACGUGCCUUGUGUUGUUUGACACCUUUUCUCCAGAGGUUAGUAAACUUUUAAUGACGAUAGUUAGACUGAGGUUGUACAUACACACAGAAAGCCAGCUUGUUUUUUGAUGGUGCUUUAAGUUUUAGGAACUCUUUUGUUUAGCUCAGUAACAAAAAAAAAAGAAAGUAUAGCUGAAAUGAAACAUUAGUAACAGUGCAAACUUGCUCCACAAGCAUGUGCAUACGUGUUAAAAAUGUAUGAAGAGGCGGAUGUCAGUCGUGGGAAUUUCAGUCCCCUCACUCCUUCUCAUUCACUAGCUUAAAUGAAAAUCUGUCUCCUGCCUUACACCAUUAAAAUAACACAGCACGUUUCCACUGUCACUUCAAAUCUGUGCAGGAGGGAAGAGCAAGAUAAUGACUGAACAUUUCUUUAGGAUGUGCACUGUUUGAAAUUUGCUUAAUUGCAUUACUGUGUAUGACAGACAGAGGUGGAGGGUUGUGUAUCUAUAGAAAGGGGAAGCGUUUGCUUGUCUGUUUGUAUGUCCCUAUGUGAUUCGGGCGUAUGAAGGUCUGUUAAUGCAUGUCCUGGGAAUAGGGUUGGUGUGAAGGAGAAGAGCUGAGGAGCAGGAAGUGAACUUUUGGCUGGUGUGUUGUGUUGAGCAGGAUGUGCCGUGUGUUUCUGCUCAGAGGCAGAUAGAGAGACGGAGAAUGGGGAGGGAGAGGAGCAGGGAGAGCGCAGCAGGGUGGACGCGAGCCAUUGUCUCAGUAUGAAAGCCUGUUCGUACUUCUAAAACUCUCCAUUCAGAAAACAAGGAGACUGUAUCUUCUCUUUUCCUUCCCCUUUUUGCUCCUUGGGAAUAGACCUCUGCGCAGUAUCACGGUGAUACAAUAUCAUGUUCUUUCAAGGGCUGUGUGGCGAGGAAGCCAUUCUGACAUUUGGUUACAAUUUGAGGAUGUUGUGAAUAAAAUAGUUUGGCAUCAUUCUAGGGCGCGGGAAAUCAUUACAAUAUUUUUUCCAUAUUAUGUUGAUACCAUAAAAAGAAUUGGGGCAGGGUUGGUCAAUAUGAAGAGCCUAGAAACUGUAAUGUAAAUCAUGAUUAAAAAAACGGGCAGUUUUUUUAUUGCUCUGUGGUUAAUUCAAUUAGUAAAAUUACAAGAGUCUUGUUUCAAUUUUCUGGUGUAGCCACUCACCCCCUUGGGCUUUUAUGCCAUACGCCUUUGUUAAUUUUAUUUAUAUGACACACCAACCCAGAAAACCACCAGCAGUGGUUUAGAUGAAGAUGUUUUUAAAGCAAUAAAAUUAGCCAUUUAAAACAAUUUAUUAGUUACAUCAAUUGAUAUAAUAAAAAUGAAUGAAUGCAAAUAUAAAUGAGUGCAGUAAGACGAUCCACCAACUACGAGAUGUGGGUUGUUCAUUUUAUUAAAUUUUUAGGCCACUUCAUUCCUUUCUAAUGUUAUGGCAACCAUCCCAGGCCCGUAAAUUUAAUAACACUAACAAUACAGAAGUAAAAACCGUCUGCAUGAGUACCAGUAGCCUUGUGUAGAUCAAAAAGGGUUUAGGUUUAAUGUUAAAAAAUGCAAAGUAUGCCUUUAAGCUUUCUACCAGCGGCAGCGGGCCGAGGUCACCUUUGUGACUCCGACCGGCUGAAUAACCCUGAUCUGCAAUUAUACCGCCAUUUGACAUUUAUUCUAUUUCACGAUGUGUGCCAAAAGGACUGAAGCACUUAGCAGACAUUGCAGAUGCUCAAAACAAAACUGAGCGUCAAUCUUUGUAGUUUCCACGGGUUGCACUGUCGAGCUAAGCUUCUGACCAACUUUGACUUUGCCUUGUUGUGAAAGCCAUUGUAUGUGUGGCUAAUCUUGAGAGCGCAGUGCAGACAUGCCACUAUUGUCCAGUGUACAUAUUUCUUUUUAUGUGGACUCAUGUUUAAAUGUAAGCUAGAGCCAAAUAAUAUCAAUAAUCAAGCCUUUUUUUGGCGUUGAAACCAAAAACGGACUCUUAAAUCAACCAAUACAAAUGUGCCUUCAUUAUAACAAACGUUGAUGAUUCUGCAAUAACUUGUACGCGUGUAUUGCUGUGUGUGUGAGUGUGUAGGUGUGCUAAAGUGUCCACGUAGUGCACCUGCCCAUCUACAUGUCUUAACUCCUUUCCCACAGUGUAGCUGGGUGAAGUACAAGAGAGAGAUUUGACACUUGCAAGAGUCUUUGUUACAAGCAGCUGCUUUAGAUUUAUUUCCCCGAACUGCACUUUUCUGGAAAAAUCAUUGUAUUGUGAUUUUUUAUUACUCUUGUGAUCCCCUAGAAGUCCCACAAUUGCCUUUUCCUCUGGCACUUUGCUUUCCUCCGCUUUCCUCCUUUUCCUCCCUUCAGUGCAGAGCUUGGCCUCACUCGUUCACCGCCCUUGUUACCUCGAAGCACAGCUUCCCUCCUCACCUCUCCCUGUCCCUUCUCUCUUCUUACACUCAACACAAACCGCUGACCCACAGCGCCCGCUGCCUCCCUCCUCUCCUGUGAUCCACUUACUUCCAGCUGUUUUUCAUGCUGAAGAAGACAGUUGUCUAAAUGUUUACGUGAAGAGCUACUUUCUUUUUCUAUAAGCCCUGAUCAAUUUCCAAGAUGAACUUUGUGGCAUGUGUUAAAAUACAGCAGAUGACGGGCCAAAUAAAAAGAGUCUGACAUCGUUAUUGUAUUCUGAUCCUCAAGCCAAGAAACGGCUUACAAAGGGAGAUUAAAGACAGCAUAUCGUUGUAGAGGAAAUGCAGAAUAAUGUGAGGGGAAAUGUUCAGGGGAAAAUAUGCUCAGAAAGAUGCCAGUAAAGUAAACAUGUAUGAAAUUGCACAAUUGAGCCGGGCCUCGGCUGCACCCGCCAAGUCAUGCACUGAGAUGGAGAGAACAAGUAAGGGAGAGGGGUUGAGAGGAAAAGAAGCAGAAACAGAGGAAGAAAUUGCUUGUGCUUGAUAGUCAUAAUAACCUUCAGUAAAUAACAAAGAAAAGCUGGUUGCUUUGGGAGUCUCUUCACCUCUUCCCCUCCCACUUCUUUCUGUUCUUACUCUAUUUCAUUUCCCUCUUUAAGGAAAUUGUCUUGAGAGGAAAUUAAGUUUUUUUUUCCUUUUUCAUUGUUGAUUGCUGCAGGUCAUUGUCAAGGUUUUUUCUAAAUGUUAAUGUGCAUGUCAGCGUACCCUCAGAGAUGUCAUCCUUUUUCCAGACCUAACAAUUAUCACCCAAUCAGCACACGACCCACAGUAGGCUCUUUGUAGUCGGAUAGGGAAGAGGCUUCUGGCUGCCCGUGUCGUCUUCCAUCUGUUAGACUUGGACCUCUGUUUCUGCCUCUACCUUGAACAUGUACAAGACAGACUAAGUGGUCUUUGGCUUGAAUCUUUUCGUUUACAGUGUACAACUUCUGCUCCAGAAGUUUAAAUUAAAAGACAAACAAAGAACAAGGACAAAACAAGCAGGAAUUUGGAAGAGCAAAAGCUGGUCAAGGGGAAAUAUUUGAUUGUAUAUCUCACACACAUGCACACGCACACGCACACACACACACACACACACACACACACACACACACACACACACACACACACACACACACACACACACACACACACACACACACACAGCUGCAUGGCAGGCUGCUGCUCACGAGUAGGUCAGAUUUAAUUAGGUUUCCCUGCUCCGUUUGGAGUGUCGCUUCUUGUAGAAAAAGCCAUUAUUAAAGAAAAGGUGAUUCCACUGACGGCUUCCAUCCAACACACACUAAAACCUGUGCCAAAAUGUUACAGAGCCUCAGGGUCCUCACACACACAUGUACUCAAGGACACACACACACGCAAAAACAUCUAUUCUGGUUUUAGGGAAAAGGUUAUGUAUAGAAAUGAUGGAUUAUGAUCUAAUGAAGAUCACUGUGAUGUUUUGAGGUGGUUGUACCCGACUGGUUGUGGUUAACGGAUAAGAAAGUUCAGCAGUAACAUGGACUGCCACGCAGACUGUAGUAGCUGCGGAUAGAUGGAAAAAAUACAUGACAGAAUACAUACAUCACAAAUCUACAAUGGAAAUGAGAUUUUUCAGUGGAACACAGGAUCUUAUUUCAGCAGGCAUGUCUGUGAAACAUCAAUAAUGUCCAGUGUUUUGUUUUGUGGUUUUACAAGAGUUUAUACCAUAAAAACAGUUAAAAGCAAUACAUUAAACCAAACAGUAUUUUUGCAUUUUCUGCAUUUCAUUGUCAAUAUUGAUAUUACUUUACUUGCUUUAGUGAAAUGAAUGUAUUUAUUGCAUGUCAAAAUGUUUUAUAGUUAAUUUGUGUAAAUUUCAAUUGUGGGUUUUUAUAAUAAUUUCAUGUAAUUAUGGUGUCUUGAUAAAAUCAUGUCGAUAAGGCUUUUAUUUUUUUAAAAGCCAAUGUGAAAAAUGUCAUGUUUGUUUUGUUUGUCACUAUAUUCAAAAUCAACUUGGCAAUAAAGUGGAUUGCAUAACGGA